CGCACAGUCUCACUGAGCCACUAGCCCACCACCACCCUCAUCCUCCUCCCAGCUCACAAAAACCUCAAACCCCCAGCCUUCUCGGGCCUCCACAGAAAGCCGAGGAAGAGAAAAAAAAAAUGGAGCUCUUCGUCUCCACCGUCGCCUCCGCGCGCGCCACCGCCCCCUUAUGCUUCGCCUCCUCCUUCCACCACCGCCGCGCUGCUCCUCCCGCCGUCGCCGCCGCCGCCACCCUCCGCCGCAGCAACCGCCACCUCCCGACUCGAGGAUGGCGGUGCGCGAGCGCGGCGGCGCCGGACCCGGUGCCAUCGGAGGAGCCCGCGUCGGCGUCGGCGUCCACCGUCGUCGUCACGGAGGACAAGCCCGAUCCGCCGCCGGCGGAGGAGAAGAGCGAGGAGGUCGCGGCGGUCUCUAAUGGCGGGUCUCUGGAGACCGUGGCGGCGGCGCCGGUGUCGUCGGGGGCAGCCGAGGAGGACGGCGGCUUGGAUGACAUCCUCAGCAAGCUGGACAUCCAAGUGACACCAACUCUUGUCCUCUAUGGAUCCGGUGCUUUGGUUGUCCUAUGGGUUCUAUCUUCAGUUGUUUCUGCAAUCGAUUCCAUUCCCUUGGUUCCAAAAGUUCUUGAACUCAUAGGAACUGGUUACUCAAUUUGGUUCACUUCACGGUACCUCCUCUUCAAGGAAAGCAGGGACAAACUGUUUGCGAAAUUCGAAGAUCUGAAAGAGAGGAUUAUUUGAGCUCACGAUGAAUGAUCCUAUGGUGUAUGUUAGGCUUCGCAGCCAACUUAUUAUUAGGUCUUCUUUUUUCUAUUACUGAAAGGGAAAAAAGUUGUGUAUGUAAGCCACGUUUCUUUCGCUUCAAAUAUGAUCAGACAUCCAUAGAUUUUUGUUUGUUAGAGCGGAGCUUGCUCAAGUCUUUCUGGUUUUUUUACCACUUGAUCCGAUGUAUAUACUCCAUACUGAAAGUGCCGCCAACUGUGAAGCUGUGUACCUUGGAUACAUAAUAAUAUAUCAAAUGGGUCGACCUUCAUAUUUGGUAAAUUGCUUCA